GGGAAGUCUGAGCUGAUCCUGGAUCCUGUGGUAUUUCUGUACUGCAGAAAUGAGCUCUGUGGCGACAGACAAGGUUGCAGGAAAGCUGAGCUCUACUCUCUCAUGGGUGAAGAACACCGUCUCGCACACCGUCAGUCAAAUGGCCAGUCAGGUGGCAAGUCCAUCUGCCUCAUUACACACUACAUCCUCCUCUACCACUCUGUCUACACCCGUGCUGUCGCCAUCCUCACCAACACAGCUGAGUCCAGACGACUUAGAGUUACUGGCUAAACUUGAGGAACAGAACAGACUCUUGGAAACAGAUAGCAAAUCCUUGCGAUCAGUAAAUGGGUCAAGAAGAAAUAGUGGAUCUUCUCUUGUAUCUAGUUCAUCAGCUUCUAGCAAUCUCAGCCAUCUUGAGGAAGACUCAUGGAUCCUCUGGGGGAGGAUUGUGAAUGAAUGGGAAGAUGUGCGGAAAAAGAAAGAAAAGCAAGUUAAGGAGCUUGUUCGAAAAGGGAUACCUCAUCAUUUCAGAGCAAUUGUUUGGCAACUCUUAUGCAGUGCUCAAAGCAUGCCGAUUAAGGAUCAGUAUUCAGAACUCUUGAAAAUGACAUCUCCUUGUGAGAAACUAAUAAGAAGGGAUAUUGCUAGAACAUACCCUGAACAUGAUUUUUUUAAGGAAAAAGACAGCCUUGGGCAGGAGGUCUUGUUCAAUGUCAUGAAGGCUUAUUCCUUGGUGGAUCGUGAGGUUGGAUACUGUCAAGGAAGCGCUUUUAUAGUUGGACUACUGCUUAUGCAGAUGCCAGAAGAAGAGGCAUUCUGUGUGUUUGUUAAAUUAAUGCAAGAUUACAGACUACGAGAACUCUUUAAACCAAGCAUGGCUGAACUGGGCCUUUGUAUGUACCAGUUUGAAUGCAUGAUACAGGAGCAUCUUCCAGAGCUUUAUGUGCACUUUCAGUCUCAGAGUUUCCACACUUCUAUGUAUGCAUCGUCAUGGUUUUUAACUAUAUUCCUUACAACUUUUCCACUACCAAUUGCAACAAGAGUAUUUGAUAUCUUUAUGUCUGAGGGUUUAGAGAUAGUAUUUCGAGUAGGUUUAGCAGUACUUCAGAUGAACCAAGUAGAGUUACUGCAACUUGACAUGGAAGGAAUGUUACAGCACUUUCAAAAGGUCAUUCCACAUCAGUUUGACAGUGGUCCAGACAAAUUAAUCCAAGCAUCUUACCAAGUCAAAUACAAUGCAAAAAAGAUGAAAAAGUUAGAAAAGGAAUACACUACAAUAAAGACAAAAGAAAUGGAAGAACAAGUUGAAAUUAAAAGGUUACGAACUGAAAACAGGCUCUUGAAACAGCGCAUUGAAACACUAGAAAAAGAAAGUGCUUCCUUGGCAGAUAGAUUGAUACAGGGACAAGUGACAAGGGCCCAGGAGGCUGAGGAAAACUACCUUGUAAAACGGGAGCUGGCCACCAUCAAACAGCAGAGUGAUGAGGCCAUUACUAAACUGGAGCAAGCUGAGAAUACCAUCAGGGAGCUCCAACAGCAGCAGCAAUGGCAUAAAUGCAGUUCACAAUACAGUGAAGACUUUGUGCUACAGCUGGAAAAAGAGUUGGUCCAAGCCAGGCUGAGUGAAGCAGAAUCCCAUUGUGCCCUGAAGGAGAUGCAAGAUAAAGUUCUAGAGAUGGAAAAGAGGAACAGCUCACUCCCUGAUGAGGAAAAUGUUGCCAGACUACAAGAAGAACUGAUUGCAGUAAAAUUAAGAGAAGCAGAAGCUCUGAUGGGUCUCAAAGAACUAAGGCAGCAAGUCAAAGAUUUGGAGGAACACUGGCAGCGUCAUCUAGCUCGUACCACUGGAAGAUGGAAAGAUCCUCCCAGAAAAAACACGGUGAAUGAGCUACAGGAUGAGCUGAUGACAGUUCGAUUGAGAGAAGCGGAAACUCAGGCUGAACUCAAAGAGACCAAACAGAGAAUGAUGGAGAUGGAAACGCAGAAUCAGAUCAAUAGUAACCACUUACGAAGGGCAGAGCAGGAGGUUACCAACCUCCAGGGGAAGGUACAGUAUCUUUCUGCACAGAACAAAGGACUCCUUGCUCAGUUGAAUGAAGCAAAACGUAGACAAGCAGAGAUUGAAUGCAAGAGCAAAGAAGAGGUGAUGGCAGUCAGGCUCCGUGAGGCAGACCGCAUUGCAGCUGUGGCUGAGCUCCAACAGCAUAUUGCUGAACUAGAAAUCCAGAAAGAAGAAGGAAAAAUUCAAGGGCAGCUUAAUAAAUCUGAUUCUAACCAGUACAUCAGAGAGCUGAAAGAUCAGAUAGCUGAGCUGCACCAUGAGUCAGCAUCAGCCCAUGAUCAAAUGUCUAAAAGGCCAGAGAGACUUCUCAGACCAACCCACUUUUGAUGGGAUUCACAUUGUCAACCAUUUCACAGGAGAUGAUGAAUCAUUUCAUUCUUCUGAUGAAGAUUUUAUAACUAACUCCAUACAGGAGAGUGGGGUGAACUUUCAUCUACGUAGGAGGACUGGUCAGAUGGCUUUGGAUCACACAGUUGUAGACAGCAGUGACAGUGAUACUGAGGAAAGUGCCCUUCAGACUGAGAAUUCAGACAAGAUGGUUUCCAAGCAGAGAAGAAUGGAAUCUUACUCUACUACUGUGUGAUUAUCACUGUGACUAGCAUUGGAGACUCGUAUUUCUUUUAAAGGUGAAAUUGUCAGAUAAACCAACUGCUGAAUAGUUUCAGUUAAGUAACCAUUGGAUCUGGUCUGGCCUGUGAUAAAUAUAUACAUGUACUGUCUAUCUGCCUUCUCUCUUUGCCAAAUCUUGCUAGUGAUAUACCAUUGCCAUAAAACAGGCUGGGAAGAAGUUGAUGGAUGACAGUUCUGACAGUAUUACUGAAUGUUCCUUGGUUUAGAAACUGCAAAUAUAUCAUUUCUUUAAUGUGUGAGAACCAUUUUUGCUGUUCACAAACAGGAAUUAUUUUCCUCAAAAGAAAUUGCUCUUGUGCAAUAUUUUAUGCUCUGAACAAAUGUGUAUGUUUUACAUGGUUAUCCAUUUGUGAUCAAGAUGGACCCUAGUAAACCAUCUGAUCAUGACACAUUAUAUAUAUAUAUAUAAUUAUAUUAAGCUUCUCAAUUACUUUUGUUUUUACUGAAGUUAUUGGAUGCCCACAGAAGGCUUGAAAGAGGAGCCUUUAUCUGUACUACUUUAUAUAUGCAAAUAAUGGUCACUAAUGUCAUAAAGGUGUUUUUCACCAUUUUCACUUAAAUCUAUGUGCAUCUGCUUUUGAUGUUGCUAAAUGAUACCUGGUCUGAAUAUAUUAAUUACAAUAAUGUUUAUUUUGUACAUAUUUAUAUAUCUACACUGAGCUGAAAAUGUAUAUUACACCAUUUUAUAUGAGGAAUGUAAAUGUUGCAAUAUUACUGUCUCUGGUAUUCUAACAGGAAAUGAAUUCUGUAUAUACACACACUAGAAAUUAAUUACUAAAUAAAGGCAAAGCACUAACUUUACAUUAAGUUUCAGCCUAGCUACACUAACAGGUUCAUGUCAGAAAUGCUUGUUCAAAACACUAUUGACUGAAAUCUUUUACCUUCAUAUAUAUGUAAUGAAAAUAAAUUUUUCAUGAUUUAACAAGGUUGCAGCAUUUACUGUUUAGUCACUUCUAAGCUACAGCCCUUGGUUACAGCAUAGUUACUCGCUGGCUCUAGAUUAGAGCGGUAGUUCAAAUAAGGUGAAAAAUUAUUCAUGUCUUACAGUUAGUUCUAAUGAAGUACAAUACAAAUAUGCGAGUUCAGUUGUCUUAAAGUUUUAUAUUGCAGAGCUGUCUCAGAAAGAAGCUAUUGGUCCUAUUACCAAAUAGCUGUGAUUCACCAAAGCAGUUAAGAGAUGAGCUGAGCCUUCUGCAUUCACAGGCUCCUGAAAAUUGAGAUCCAGUAAAAUGGCCCUAGCUUCUUGAACAGAAAAGGAUAUUCUACUAUUGUCGUAUGAACACCCACUGGCCCUCUCAGACACAUUCUAGUCAAGAAUAUUCUUGUUAGCAGCUAUUAUUGUCAGCUGAUAUAAUUAAACAAUCCUUAAGACUUCUUCUCUAGCAAUGUUUGCAACUGUUCUAUUAAUUAAGAAACAGUUGGUACUGCUAGCACAUACGUUAAUUGUCUUGCAACCCAGGAGGAGCAGUGUAGUUGUUGAAAAUUGCCAAAGCAUGGAAACAUACUGCUGAAUGCAGCUGCUAGUCCUGUUAGUACUUUAUUUCUGAGGGCACAUU